UGUCCUCUUAUUAUCCCGUCGCCAUUGCCCUCCUCUAUUCCCGCCUCCCACCCCACCACCGGCGAGCGAUGCCUCCCCCAGCGGGGCUGCUCCCCUGGCCGACGCCGUCCGCUACGCGCCUCGUUACACCGAUCCCAACGCGCCCUCCUCCUCGCACCCGCGUUCGCCCGCCUCCUCCUCCUCACCACCCUCCUCCCCCUUACACUCGCGUUCGUCUUCCUCCUCCGCCGCUUCCUCCCACACCGCCGCCGGCUCGCCUCGAACCCGCCGCCCCAAAUCCAGCCGCCUCCACACCUCUGCCGCCUGCUACUGUCUCCACCGCAUCCUCCUCGUCCACCUGCCUUGAUUGCAUCCACUUCAGCUCGUGCUCAGGGUGCACGCACGAGGUAGACCUGGACAAGCCGCCGGUGCUGCAGGAGGUAGGGAAUUUCUUCAAGGGCCACGGAGUAGGAGAUUUCACCUUCAGUAGGGGCAGGCUGUCAGAAUGGCGCUGCCGGGCAAAGUUAGCGGUUCGUGGAACACCAGAGAACCCGUUGAUUGGCUUAUAUCAGGAAGGGACACAUGUUGUUACAGAUAUUCCAGAGUGCAGAGCUCACCACCCGAGCAUUAAUGCUGCUGUUAAGCUCCUAAGGCAAGGUAUAUCUGAGUUGAACAUUCAGCCAUUUGAUGAAGAUGCUGGAACUGGCGAACUUAGAUAUGUUCAGAUGACUGUGACAACAUAUAACACAUCUAUUCCGGUUGCAAAACGAUAUGAGCAAGGGAAAGUUCAAGUUUCUUUGGUUUGGAAUUCAAGAGACGAGCGCUCGCAAAAUGCAGAGAAAUUGAGUUUAUUGAUAGAAUUCUUGUGGAGAAAUGGUGGGCCAAAGAGUAGUGUUCAUCUGAUCCAUUCUAUAUGGGCUAAUUUUCAGACAUCGGCCAGCAAUAUAAUUUUUGGGCAUAAAUGGAGACAUCUCAAAGGGGAGAGAGACCUGUGGGAGCGUUAUGGGGGAGUUGAUAUUUCUCUGGAUCCUUGUAGCUUUGGCCAGGCUAAUACUCUGUCUUUUAACUCUUUGCUGCAUAAGCUGAACAAGUAUGUACCACGUGGUUCAACAGUUGUUGAUUUGUACGCUGGUGCUGGUGUUAUUGGCCUAUCCGUUGCUGCUUCUAGGAAAUGUCGGUCUGUGAAAUGUGUUGAGAUCAACAAACAGUCGAAGAUGUCUUUUGAGAAAUCAGCAAGCCGUCUUCCAACAAACCUGGGUUGCACCAUCACUUGGCACAAUACUGAUGCUUCAGUUGAACCUGUUCACUGGCUUGAAGGGUCAAGUGUCGUUAUAGUGGAUCCUCCCAGGAAAGGAUUGCACCCAUCUGUUAUCAGUGCUUUACAGAAAGUAGCUUUGUCUGAGCGCAAGGCAUACAAGGCUAAAAGUUCACUUACAAAGGUCAAAGAUGAGAAGAGACCAUGGAUCUUACGGGCAAGGGAGGCAGCUGUUCAUGUUGAUAAUACGACAAUGGAAGAAAGCAGUGAAACAUGGCCUGAAACCCUUAUAUACAUUAGUUGUGGGUGGGAAAGUUUUAAGAAGGACUGCAAAAUCUUGAUAUCCAGCCAGGCCUGGCAGUUGGAGAAUGCUUAUGCUUUUAACUUCUUCCCUGGCACUGAUAGCAUCGAAGUCCUGGCGAUCUUCAAACGGGAAUCAGAAGCUGUUCAAAAGAAAAAGAAGAAAGCAAAAAAGAAGAAGGCCAAGUAGGCUAACAAAAGGCUGACCCAACAUAAACCAUUCGGCUGUACCUGGAAGGCCGGAAGUGGCACGGCUUAAGGUGAUGAUCUCGUCGGCUUUACAUCUAAUGCUGAUCCAGAAGAAGUAUAGAGUGAAUACCGUUAUAGGUGCUCUGCGGAAUUUGACACCCCCCAAACCAAUCAUCAACUCAAUGGUCUGUGAUUAGCACAAGGUAAUUUGAGAAACUUGCUCAGCUAUAUCAUGUUUAGCUUGUACAGGAAGUUCAAGAUACCAAUCAGGAACUUCCAUUGCGGUGAGUAUGAAAUACAGAUAGAAAAGCCACAUAGUUGAAAUAGUCAGAUAGCUCUUCUCAUUUUAUGCAAAUGAUGGAGCUUCAAAUUUUCCCUUGCUACUUCCUGUCAUUCAAAAUGUAGCCGUCCAAAAGGGCCGACUUACCGGAAUGCGAGUUAUGUGCGUGCAGGUUGGCUUGAGGGUGCUGGUGUGUGGGAGAAGGUCCUCCGCAGUUCUCUAGGUGGUUAAUCUGUAUAAAUACAACUCUUAGGCUGAGAGGCUGUUUGGCCUAAUUUUGCAAUCGCUUUGACCGGGCAGUCCAGAAAUUUGGUGAUUGUAGUACAGAUGCAGAGAUUUGAGUGUU